AAAAAAAAAAAAAUGGAGCUGUUUUCCAAUUCUACGUUCUCUUGGAUUCUAUUCACGCAACGACCAAACCCAAGAUUCUAGAUUGAGACCCAGCUCGGAGAAUUGAUGAGAUUUAGAGGCGGCUGGCGGAUCCAAUCUGCCUGAAGAACUUCGGAUUCCGGUGGAAUUUGGAGUGUUUUGUCGAAAUUUUGAUCCGUGUUUCUGCCGCUUCUUGGAGAGAUUGGGGUUUGGUGCGAGUUGGAUUGGGGGCGGAUUCCGGAUGGUUUCAAACGAGGUUUUUGAUAUGAGAGAUCGGUCAGGCGGCUGAUUUCAGGUGCGAAAGCCGGAAUAUUUUUUGGUAAAUUCUGUGCCUUUCUUUGCUGGAAUUAGGGUUUUGGGAAGCGAUCUAGGGUUCUGAUUCGAGUUCAAAGAAGUUAGUGCCCUCUUUUCCCUUCAAGAUUAGGAUUUUUAGCUGGACUGCAAGCUGAUAGAUUUGAGGUUUGAGGUUCUUGUUGGGGUUUUGCCUGUUGAUCUCUCUCCUUUCCAAAAUAGUACCAAAAACUUGAGGGCUUCGAAGGAGACAGCUGAGGUCAAGAAGAAUGCAGCCCAGGUAUCGAAACCCAGGGGACGGGGUUCGGCCAGGUGGUCCGGCGGGGCUCGGAGUGGCCUCCGGCCGGAUUUCGCCCUUCGGCCGGAAUCAUGGUCGUGGCGGCUUCAGCCGGGGCAACCUGAAGCCCUAUAACGCUUCCCGCAAGUUCGACAUCUUCAUGGAAGCCGGGCGGCUUGCGGCCGAGUACUUGGUCUCCAAGGGCGUGCUGCACCCGAGCAUGCUUCCUGGGAGCUGGCCAAAUGGGAAUUUUCAGGAAUUCAAAGGGCAGGGCAGAGAAAACCCCGUUCCACCCCAGUUUUCUGAUGGCAGGCCUUCGGCCCUCACUCGGCUUGGGAACUCAGUCCCUGAUGUUGGCCAUGGCCGCAGGAGGUUUAAUGAUGACUAUGAUCGAAUGGGGUCAAGAAAGAGGGGAAGGAAAAAAAUGGGUUAUUAUAAUAGAGGUUAUGGUCCAGAUUGGGGUAGAGAGAGGGGAAGGAAUGGGCCGUGGAUGGAGAGAGGUAGAGGGUAUUCUGAUAAUGUGGAAGAUGAGGAGGAUUUUGCUCCUGGGUAUCGUAGAGAACGGCGCAGUGGGUAUGAUGAAGUUGGAAGCAGUGUCUCGAGGGUUGCUGGAGAUGAGCCACCAUCAAAAAGUGAAGUUGUGGGUGAAUCUGGAUCAGAGCUCGAUGAUGCUGGAUCAAAGGCGAGUUCUUCCAGCACUAGGAAAGAUGUGCUGCCAGAGGGGGAAUAUGUGGAUAUGAACAAAGGGAUGGAUGAUGUGAAGGUCUCAAACUCAGAAAGUGGAGAAGUUAAGAGCAAUGUGAGUGGUGAGUCGGAGGAGAAGACUGUGCUGGAGGAGAAUGUGGCCGUGAAUCCUUGUGGUGCCGAAGAUGGCCCAGCGAUCAAAGAUGGAAGCAGCCUGUUAAAGUUAUGUGGUUUUGCUAAAGUACCUACCAGACCCCGGUCAUCACUGGCACAUAAAAAUCCAGUAGCUGAUCAAGCUCCUAGUGCUGAGGGCAGUGACAAAGUUGAAGUUAUUUCUGGAGGAGGGUCUGACAUGGUUGUUGAAGAAGCUCCAAUUGAGAGUUCCUCAAAGGAUUCUCACCCAAGUCAAAUAGACAGUCCGAAAUGUGAAGCACAUGCCGAAUCUGGUGUUCCUGUUGUGCAAUCCUCAAAAGAAUCUGUAGAUCCUGUUCCUGUAAUGCAAUCCUUGGAGGAAUCAGUAGACCCUCAAUGUGAAACCCUUCAAAGCCCUCCAGGUUUUGAAACAACCACAGUGAUGAUAGAUGUGAAAAAUGAAGAUAGUUUUGUGCAACAAGUUCAUGAGAAAGGGGAAUCUGAAUUACAAGUUAAUUCAUCUCCAUCGAGCGCAUCUCAUGAAAAUGAAUUCUCUCAGCUGCAUGAUGUGAGAGUAGCACAAUCUAGAACAUUUACUGAGACGCCACCUCAGGAUGAAGAAAUGAUUGAGGCAGCUGAUCAAGUGAAACCAGAUGGUGGUACCUUAGUUCCGAAAGUUGAAGCUGAAUCUAUUGUCAAGUUAGAAGAAGAAAAGAAUAAUCAACCCACUUCAUUUAAAAUCUGUGACCUUAACCUUAUGGAAUGUCCUGAGAUAACCGAGAUUCCUGAUGAUCCUGUUCUGGGCCAAAGUUAUACUUCUGCACCUGCACUGGAAACUGAGAAGCAACUUCCCGUAAAUUUUGGCCUGUCAAUAGGUAGCAAUGCAAAUGAUGCAUAUGACUACAACCCAGUUUCGGGUGUUGACAAAGUCAUUCCAGUAAUUGAUUUGGAAGCUGAUUCCCCAGUUCAAGCCAAUGCUUGUGAUUCUUCAAAACCUAAGAAUGAGAUGAUAUAUCCAAGCCUGGAAAAUGUUUUGAACCACCAGGCACAUACAGAUGUUCUCCCUGCCAUUCAGGAUGGCUAUGGUCUUGGGAUCCCUGAGUACCUUGGAGCUGAUAUAUCACAGGCGGAUCUUAAUAAUCUUCAGGCUGGAAUUGGUCUUCAUGGUGCAGAGGGGUUUCCUGGAGUUGAUGAUUCAAUAUACGGAUCACUUGGAGAUAUAGGCUUUAUGGAGGUCUGGGACCAGCCGCCUCAGGAUUAUGAGCCACCUCCAGAUUAUGAGAAGUUCUUUUGAGCCAUUUCCCAAGUUGCAGCAUUAGAUGUAAUACUGCCUGUUGUUCAUCCUCCAGCAAUUACCAAUUUCUGGACCAAAGACAUAUAAAAUAUGGGAGAAUAAAUAAUUUCUGGUUGCUGGAGUUGUUGUAGUAGUUUUUGUUUUCACUAUUUAAGUGCCAUAUGAUUACAAAAGCAGGGAUCAAUGCCUUCUUUUAUGUCUAGUACAUGAAGCUCCGUGUCAUUAAAUAUAGCAUUUUCCUUUUCUUUUUGAUUGAA